AACUCCCGUGCCGUCUCCUGUUCAGUGCAUGCUCCGAAUUGAUGAAAAGCCGCAGUUUCAGAUGUAUACUGCAGUAAGGAGACUGCACCGCAGCAGGAUUGUGCUCAGCAACGGGCGGCUGUAAAAGGAACUAGUCUGGCACUAAAUGCGCACGGCGGCACACGAUACAAUACUAUUACACCUUUCGCCUCUUGUCCCAUUGCUUUAGGCAGCGGCCGGGGAUACAUCUCACGCCAGAAUGUGAACUGGACGAUCGCCGCGAACACCGAAGACAGGAUCCAAAGUGCCACUUUUUGGUGCACGGUUCGAAACUUCGCUCGAGGAUUUGUUGUUGUUGUUGUGAAAAUAGCGAAGGGCAGCUGAUAUUUGUGCGUGGCUGUGGCUGUGCCGCCGCAGACACGGCUGGGACGCGCCUGGUGCACAAGUGGAUGAUGCAGCGCCGGUGUGUGGCAGCGCUGGAGAUGUGAGUCUCCCCUUCUCUCCCCUCAGCUCAAUGUGCCAGGAUGGAGCGAUCUCGGUGCUGGGAUGACGCAAACCACCGUCCUCAACCGCAACCCUCACCCCCCGCCCAAAAAUAAUAAUAAGAGGUGUUUCUGGGCGAAGAUGGCCGCAACUUCCACCCAACAUGAUGAACGCUGCGUUGCUCCAAACGCCAGGGCCAGCGACGUUUCGUCGGCAUCAGGAGAAAUAGUUCAACUUUUCUCUGCUUGCAUCUGGUGAAUUUGUUGGCGCCGAUGUUGGCAGGGUCGGAUGUGUGAGGCUGGUGUGAUGUGAAUCUGCAGAGAGUGGGCAGGGGAGAGAGGAGCUCGCUCGCCGUCGCCAGGAGCAGGCUUUCCCCCCGGAGUGCCAUGGAUAAGUCUGGUGUGACUCUCCUUGCUGCUCCUACGGAUUGGAUGGCAACAGUUGACCACCCGUACAUGCAACCCAAGUGAACGCUCAACAGAAUAGCAACGCGGCUGAUCUAGCAAGACAAACCCGGUCAAUGUAUAUCGAGGCAAAGGUCCGUUCGCCGCGGAGCCAGCCCGAGCCGCACUUGUCCACAAUAUGACCAGAGGCGCCUGGAUGUGUCGCCGGCAAGACAACGGAUUACAAAUCUGGUAUGUCCCCCGCCAGAACGACAAACCCUGCACGGAUUCAGAGCGGGCCCAGAAAUGGCGACUGUCUUUAGCAUCUCUGUUGUUUUUUACCGUCCUGCUAUCUGAUUACUUGUGGCUGUGUGCGGAUGCGAAUCUCACCAGAAGCAGAGACCAGGAGCGGAGCACUUCAGCCGAGCCGACGGGGGGGAACCGCUCACUGUCCCCACUGUUCCUCAGCGCUGAUCAGCCUAGGAGCACCGCCAGCAGUGACAAACGUGCUAUUUUUCUAGGUAAUACCACUAGCAGACCCAUCUGCCAACUGGAACCGUGUCGCCCAUAUUAUGUGUGUGAGCAGUGUGUAAGUAUUGAAGAUGCAGAGACUGUGUGCGGGAGCGCCGGCGAGGAUGCGUCCAAUGGGUCUCCGCCGCUGUCCUUCAACAAUUUCCACCUUUCCUUUUGUGAAUCCUACACCCUUUCUGAACUGUUCGCCGGGAUGUCGAGACCAGAGGGCUCCAAUUGCGAUCUGAGCCUUGUGCUGGACGGCGACGCCACCGUCUGCAUUCAGUGCGUUGAGAUUUAUCAACGUUUGGACCAACAUGCCCAAGAGAAAUACGAGGAGUUCCAGAGCUUGUUUCAGAAGUAUUUACAGUGGGGAGAUUACUCUGUGAAAAGUUGCAUCGAUGACUGCAAGGGACAGAUGGUGCAAGGUGCCAGCAAGUUCACGAAUUGCACAUAUGAAUGUGUUUGCAGAAGUUCGGAGACUGCUGACACUUUUAAGGAACGGUAG